AUGUGUCAGUAGAUAAGACUCGAAUACACACAUAAGUCAGUAUCUUUGUAGUACUUCAUUUUCGGUCGAGUUAGCGAGGCCAUCAUGCUAGCCUUACUUUUAGCUGUAUCACUAAUUGGUAGAGCUGAAGCGGCAUCGGAGCUCUUACAUAAUCCUGAUUUUGAAAGUAGUUUUGGUGCAAGCAAUUGGUUCUGCAAUGGUUGCCAUCUGUCGAAGAGUUCCGACAGCUACCAUGGCCAUAGCAGUGCGAAGAUAACUCAAAGAUCACAUAAUUGGGCCGGUCUUUCUCAGACAGUGAACGUCAAAGGAAAUCAUCGCUACGUUUUCAAAGCGUAUAUCAAGCUCCUCAGCCACACGCUACCAUACCACAAUGUUGAACUUAUGAUCCAUGCUACCUCCUCCAGUGGUGGCCACGGUAAAUUUAUAACGUGCGGAGAGAGUCCAUACGUACAACAAACGUCACAGUGGGUUGAGAUAGGAUUCGACAAAGUUAUACCUGAUGGUUCGGACAAGGCCACCGUCUAUAUACAAAUAAACGAACCUGGCGUGAACUAUCUUGUUGAUGGAGCAAGUUUUCAGGAACUCGUACUAGAUACCAACUGGAAAUCUGAGGCUCUUAACAGGAUAGAGCAAAUGCGUAAAAAUGAUGUUCAUAUCAAAGUAGCUAAUCAUGGGAACGUUAAUCUUCACGGUGUAACAGUUGAGCUUAAUCAAACGUCGAGUGCAUUUGCGUUCGGAACUGCCGUCCGAUUUGACCUUGUGACCAACCCGUCAGCAACUGGAUAUCAGAAAUACCUGUACGAUAAUUUUGAAUGGGCUACUGUUGCAAACGCCUUUAAGUGGAGACUAAUGGAAUACACACAGGGCCAUCCCAACUUUGACCAUGGUAUGGGAGCUUUAAAUGCAUUACUGGCAAAAGGUAUGACGGUGCGGGGACACAACAUGUACUGGGGUGUACAUGGCCAUUAUCCGGCCUGGCUCGAUCAGUUGUCCGAACAACAAGUAUUACAAGCUAUGCAUACUCACAUUAAUGACAUGAUUUCACAUACCCGGGGGAAGUUUGCCCAUUGGGAUGUCAACAAUGAGAACCUACACGGCGAUUAUUUCGAGAAGAAAACUGGACACCCAAACAUAACCAUGGAUAUGUUUCAGUGGCUGCACAGUGCUGAACCCGGAGUUAAACUCUUCUUGAACGAAUACAACGCUCUCAAUUCGGGUCGUUAUACGACUUCUUUGAAAGAACAAGGCCGAAUAUUCCGUGAUGCUGGGAUUCCAAUUUAUGGCAUCGGGGAACAAAGUCAUUUUAAUCACGGCCAUGACGACAUGUCUACUGUAAAGUAUCGCCUGGACAAGUCGGCAGAGGCUAACCUUCCCCUGUGGAUUACUGAGCUUUCUGUGGCUGAUUCUGAUGCUAACAGAAAGGCCCAGACCUUCGAGGACCUUCUCACUCUGUACUUUAGUCAUCCCUGCCGUCGAGGGCAUCAUCAUCUGGGGGUUCUGUCAAGAGGCCAUGCAAUGUAAACAAUGUGCUCUCGCCCUCGGACCUCAGUGUCACCCGAACGCGGCUGGUGAAAAGGUCAGCCAGCUGCUUCGUCAAACCUGGCGGACAAACGUGUCGCAGUCCUUAGCUAAUCACAAUCUACGGGCUUUCAAGGGAGACUACUCAGUGACAAUUAAACAAAAUGGAAAUGUGUUGGAAACGAAAACCUUCACAGUUGGUGAUGCUGCCAAAACAUUGACCGUCACAGUCAGUGGAUCUGGUCAUACAGUUCACACAUCAACAAGCAUCCAUUAGGAUUGUCGACGACCAAUCCGUGUUCUGUUUGUAAUGCAUCUUUUAAUGCCUAUUAAAGACUACAUGUAGAAUAA